AUGUCGUUCAUCAAACAAGAGAUCGGUGAAGAUGUGAGCAGUGUGAAGAAGUGGUGUGUGAAGCAAGAAGUUGUGGAGGAGGCUUCAGAAUCCCAGCCGGAUAGCAAGAAGGGACUCUCCAUCGUUUCCAACCAGAAAUCCAACAAGAAUACCGCUCCUCGCAGGCAAACAUCGGUCUUGAUGAGCCUUCUCCUAGGCGAUGACGAUAAUGUCCCAUUGCCGUACAAGUCUAAGCAGAAGGAGCCGAAAUUUAAGGCUCCACGUGUCAAAAAGGAGCCAAAGGAGCCCAGAGCACCCCACAAACCCAGGAAUCUGGCCCCAAGAAACCCUAAGCCGUCCUGCAAUGAAAACCUUAUGAGAUUCCACCAAGAAGAAUACUUGAAAAAUGUCUAUUGGCAGGAGUACUGUCGGUACAUGGAUACCAACUGGCAUAGCAAUUAUGACGUGAUGCGGAAAUACUAUGGGAUGCCGCCGGUUGUUAUUCCAGAGACCGCCCAUCCGUCGUGGAGACAAUCGAUCUCGCCGAUGACUGGAUACUGCAGCAGCGACAGUUCAUCGUCUUUUUAA